CGGCAGAUCGCAAACAUAUUCACGGAAAUACCACGGGCAUUGGCGAGCUGUGCAUCUGGGCUGAUUGAUUCUGUGACUGGAGGAGUAGGGAGAGCAAAAUGAGUCGCGGUGCUGGAACAGGAGCGAAAGGGAAGAAGAAGGGAGCGACGUUCGUUAUUGACUGCUCGAAGCCGGUGGAGGAUAAGAUCAUGGACAUUGCCUCACUGGAAAAGUUUCUUCAGGAGAGGAUUAAGGUCGGCGGAAAGGCUGGUGCCCUCGGUGACGACAUCACCGUGACACGAGAGAAGUCUAAGAUCACAGUUACCUCCAGCAACGACUUCUCUAAGAGAUAUCUUAAGUACUUGACUAAGAAAUAUUUGAAGAAACACAAUGUGCGUGAUUGGCUUCGGGUGAUUUCCUCCAACAAAGAUAGGAAUGUUUACGAAUUGCGGUACUUCAACAUAGCUGAGAACGAAGGGGAAGAGGAAGAGUAGAGACCUAGCUCUGUAUCUUAUAUUAUCCAUUUGGUUUACUUAUUUUAAGCUUCUUUAUAUACUUUGCCUGUUAGACUACAGACUUGCUGCAGUUGUUUUCUGACCUUCCGUAAUACAUUAUCUGCUGAAAUUUUGGUAACUUAGAACGGUUGUUCUAUUCUUGUAAGGGCAAUUGGAUGUGAUGCAAUUUCUUCCGCUUAUGUUCACCUAUUUUGCUUAGUUAUACUUACAGUAAGGAAUUGCAUUCCA